CAUUUGAAACAAGCCUCUAAGAGGCGCUUCGAAAGCUCGACAUAGUGUCGAAUCUCAGUGUCGAGCGGCCCAUCGCUAGUAAGAGGUCGUCACCAUCCUUGGCGGGAUAGAUUAUCGAGUUCUUAUGACAAGCCGGGGAGACGCGUGUCUAGCACUUUAAGGGCCAGUAAUCAUUCGUGAGCAGCGGCAGUCGGACGAAUUGACACGUUAAAGCAACAAUGGAAAAGCAAGCUGUGGAGAAAGCAAGGGUAGCCUUCAGAUCUGGUAGAUCACGACCCUUAGAGUUUAGAGCUAAACAGCUAAAGGAGAUAAAGAGAUUUUUAAAUGAAAAAGAACAAGAGAUUGCAGCUGCACUGAAAAAGGACCUUAACAAGAACCAAUAUGACACAGCACUUUAUGAACUACUUGGCCUGGAAGGAGAGAUCCAGCUUGCCUUGGAGAAUCUUGAGCAAUGGGCUGCUCCCCGUCCUGCUGAGAAGACCCUCUUAACGAUAUCAGAUGAAGUUUACAUUCAGCCAGAACCUUUGGGUGUCAUCUUGAUAAUUGGUGCCUGGAAUUACCCUAUUGCUCUUGUCAUUCAGCCUCUUAUUGGGGCUAUUGCUUCAGGGAAUGCGGCUGUGAUAAAGCCAUCAGAGGUCAGUGUGCACACAGCCAAGCUCCUGGAGGAGUUUCUAACACAAUACCUUGAUAAGGAUCUUUAUCCUGUUGUAAAUGGUGGUGUUCCCGAGACUCAGGAGCUGCUGAAACAGCGUUUUGAUCACAUAUUCUACACAGGAAAUUGUGCUGUUGGUAAACUGGUAAUGAAGGCAGCCUCUCAUAAUCUCACUCCUGUCACCCUAGAGCUUGGAGGAAAAAGUCCUUGUUAUAUUGACAAAGACUGUGACCUUCGCAUUGCCUGUCGACGAAUUGCUUGGGGAAAGUUUAUAAAUUGUGGGCAGACGUGCAUCGCUCCUGACUACAUCCUGUGUGACCAGAGCCUCCAAGGUCAAAUAGUGGAAGAGCUUAAGAUGGCAUUGAAGGAGUUCUAUGGUGAAGACCCAAAGAAAUCUUUAGACUAUGGUCGUAUUAUCAAUCAGAAGCAUUUUAAAAGGCUCUCAUCACUCUUAGAAGGGGCCAAACUUGCAUUUGGAGGGGAGUGUGAUGAAGCCCUCUGCUAUAUUGCCCCAACAGUACUUACGAAUGUGUCACCACAAGACAAACUAAUGCAAGAAGAAAUUUUUGGCCCAAUUCUUCCUAUGUUGAGUGUUGGGGGUGUAGAUGAAGCCAUUCAGUUCAUCAACCAGCGAGAGAAACCGCUGGCUCUCUAUGUCUUUUCUCAUAACAAGAAGUUAAUAAAGAGGGUGAUUGCAGAGACAUCAAGUGGUGGAGUCACGGCAAAUGACGUGCUGGUACAUUUCUCUGUCAAUGCCUUACCUUUUGGAGGAGUUGGUAACAGUGGGAUGGGAUCCUACCAUGGAAAGCACAGCUUUGAUCGGCUUAGUCACCUUCGUGCAUGCCUUGUCAAGUCUUUGUCCAUGGAGUCUAUGAAUGCUGUUCGAUAUCCACCCUACUCACGAAAGAAGCUGAACUGGGCAAAGUUCUUCAUCCUCAAGCGUGUUCGAAUGGGGUGGCUCAGUAAGCUGUUUGUGUUAGCAAUCAUGACUGCUUUGGGAGCUGUUGUCCUGCAGCUUUACUUCAAGAGAGACUAAUACAAAAACAUGUUGGAUUUCUGCUGAAGCAUCUAAGAAUCGUCAAUGAAUGUUGUUUGGAAUCUUCUUGACUUUUUAUACAUAGUAAAAUGAAAGUGAAUUUUAUAGCAUCAGUUAUUACACAGUCUGACAUACUGAAUGGUGAGCAUGAAGGAGACCAUAGUUAAUGAUCAUGUAAUUGCAAUAUAAUGAAACAGUUUAUAUUUUGAAUGUUGAUGAGCCACCAUUUAAUGUUUGAUUUUUGCCACUCGUUUUUCCCUUGAUUUCACAUAUGCCUGAUCAAGUUUCCUUUGCUCUAGUCUAUUGUAGUUCAGCUAAGCUCAUGUGCUUUUAGUGUAAUAAAUGCAUCAUAUAAAUUUACAUUUCUUUAUUGAUUUUGUUUUAGAUAACACAAUACAAUAAAAUGUCACUUAAAUAAGUACAACAUUAUCAAUCUUUGUUUUUUUUUUUGUUUUUUUUCCUAAAACACUUAGGAAGCAAAAGGAGAACAAUUUCAGGGUACUGUAGGACGUUGAAAGUGAGCUAUGCCCACAAAUGGCUGCCAUAGCUGGUACAAAUGUUGGGUUGACUAUGGAUGGCUAGGUAAUUUUUCAGAGUGGCAAAUAAUAAUACACAGCCUAAGCUACAGUGUAAUAGAUUGUUGUAGGAUAUUUUCAGUUAAGCAAAAUUAGGGGCAAAUUUGCAAAGAAGGAAAACACAGGCUAGAAAAAAUGGUGAUGUAUGAAUGUUCAUUGAGACUUGUGGACUGCAGAGUGAAAAUGCCAGUCUGAUAGGUUUGAGUAGUAGACAAAGGGGAAAAGAAGACCAAAGGAAGACGUGGCACCUGCUUAAAUGGAAAUACUGUCUGUUAAAUGCCCAGUCUCAUCCUGGGUGCAUUCUAGUCUCGGCUCGAGGAGGUGAAUGUGCAAUAUCAUUUCCAAUAAGUUUAACUAAUGAUAAGCUAAUGCUGAACCUAUUCUGCAAAGGCUGAAUAACAGUGAUAUGUAAAAAAAAAAAAAAA